UUUCUAUUUUAACGAAUUUAUUGCUCAAGUCAAACUUCAUCUCAAUUAUUAUUGCUAUCAAUAUCAUUCAAAUUUUGAGGGGUUGUCAGGAAUUUCAAUGCAACUGUUAUAAAAUGAAUUAUUAUCUGUUGUUGAUAUUGAUAUUGCCCAUGCUGGAUCUUUAUCUUCUCUAGUUGUACCUGUUUCAUUAUCUUUACUAUUAUCAUAAGUUUUGUAAUUCUCAUGCUUCAAAAAAAAAAAUGUUUUGUAUUUUUAUCCGUUGCUUCUUAAUUAUAGACCUUAUCCUUAACCCAUGUAUUAUUAUAUUUGCUCUGCUACUAGAGAAUCAAUAGUUGUUAGUCUGAAAUUGUUUGUUCUUAGGAAUGGAGUAAUCAAACAUGCCCAUAAGAGAUAUUAAUAGUACUUGUCGUCUUGAGGUUCAGGGUUUUACUCAGAAACAGCUAAUAAUUAGCUAGUGCCUAUUGAAAGCCAAUUUAGACCUUCAACGGUAGAACAGAUUUUCAAUUUUUCUGCAAUUGUAAGAAAUAGAUACAAUCUAGACCACAUCAGCUAAUUAGUGGUCUUCUGAUCAGUCCUGACUUCAUUAGUGUAUCAUUUCUGGCAAUUUGGUGGUUGCCAUAAAUACAAUUACGUUGCAUUUUCUUGAUUGAAGGAAUCUGGAAGUGUCGACAUUGCACUUGGACCUACCGAAUGGAAAGUUGUUCUUCUAAGACUAAGAUUGAUCAGCAUAUUCAGAAUCCUAAGGGACACUUCCACAGGACGACGGAUAUGGAAACACUAAGUCGGCAGGAGUACUGUUUUGAUUUAGAAAGGAAAGCUGCUGUUUCCACUAGCAAUGGUACUAAUAGGACAAAUGAGAUAGGGUCUCCAUCUGCCGAGCAUUCCACUGCUGGGAAUGCACCAACCAAAGAUGAAUUAGAGGUUGAAGUGAGUAGCCCAAACGCUGAAAAGAGUCUGGUUAAUGGAACAAAUCUCCACGAGACUCUAAUAAAUGAAGUAGAGCAAACUGGUUUUCAUGUUGAAAGACCUGUAGAAAAUGGGUAUUCGAAUGUCAAACUUGUCGGUAAUAAGCAUGUACAAUUUGGAGAAGUUGAAGUGAGUAAUACAGAAGAAGAAGUAAUUGAAUGGGAUGUUGAGAGAGUAAUAGAAGAGCAGGAGACACAUGAUCUGAUCUGUCCUAACUGUAAAGCCUGCAUUACGAAGAGGGUUAUCUUGCGCAAAAGGAAACGAUCAGUUCCCAUUACUGAAGAUACUAGAGAAACCAAGAAAUUUGGAACCCCGACUAGAUCGAUUUUGAAAACUGAUCCUUCUACCAGUUCAAGUAACAGUCAAGGUCACUAUGCAGGUGCUAUCCCUGGUGCACCUGACACCAAUGAAAGAAGAAAUGAUGUUUUCCGAUGCUUCUCAUGCUUCAGCUUUUUCAUUCCAACAGUGGCUGGUUUUAGGUUAUUUCGGUGUUUUGGAUUUGAUGAUGAAGAAAGUCUUCCGAAUUCGCAGCCUACACCUUCACCAAAUCAGGGAACCCGAUUGCCUAAAGAAGUGAAAUUGGUGGGCGAAGUGACCCCAGACGGUAAAAGAACAGCAGAUUCAGAUGACAAGAACGAGUCUAUUCCAUCACUGUCGACGACAUUUCCAUUCCUGGAACCAGCUCACGGGAAUGACCAAGUGAAGGAUGCAAUUGGGAAAAUAGAGGUGGAAGAGCAAAAUGUUAUAGUUUCACCCUUGCAAGGAACUACUACUAUGGAAGAAAUUCAGAGAGACACAACGGAGAACCCCAAGAGUAGCAGGAAAGAGAUCGAUGGAGGCAAAUAUUCCAAUACUCCUAAGGAAGUGGAUGACAAAGGUAUUCUGACCUUGUCUGAAAAUGAUGCUUUGCUGCUUCGAGACAGACGAGAUGGCAUUGGAGGAGCAGAACAUGUACCUAUCAAGAAUAUUGCAGGGGGCGAUGUGAUACUUGAUAUUGUAGACGCGCCAAAAGGAUCAGGUUAUUCACCUAGUGUGCAACUCAACAUUGUUCCAGCUGCUCCAUUAGUUCCACUAGCCAGGGGAACUGAAUCCUUAGCAAAUGAACAAGGAAGUGUUACAGCUACAAGAUCCCGUGAAUGGGAUAUCUUAAAAAGCAUUGUAUACGGUGGGUUAGUUGAGGCUAUUAUGAGUUUGGGUGUUGUUUCAUCAGCAGCUGGUGCUGAUGCCACAACGUUGAAUAUAGUAGCUCUGGGAAUGGCGAGUCUUGUGAGUGGACUUCUCGUUAUUAUUCAUGGGCUUGGGGAACUGAAAAGUGACCAACAUGAAAGGGUCACUGAAGUGGAAGAUGAAAAAGUUGAUCGAUAUGAAGAAUUACUUGGACGUAGACGUAAUUUUCGAAGGCAUGCAAUAGUUGUGGUGCUAUCAUACCUAGUUUUUGGGCUAUUGCCUCCCAUCAUUUAUGGCUUCUCAUUCCGCAACAGCAAUAACAAAGAUUACAAGAUGUUAAGUGUUGCAGCUGUUUCUUUGAUAUGCAUCAUUUUACUUGCUAUUGGGAAGGCACAUACCCAUCGACCACCAUGGAGUAAUUCAUCUUACAUUAAGACCACAUUGUACUUUGUCAGCAUCGGAUUGGCGACCUCAGGUCUUUCUUUCGUCCUCGGUGAGGUGGUUAAGAAAUUGUUGGAGAAGUUUGCUCUGUUGGAACCAAAUGCAUCCUUUUCACCUUCCCCACCGUCGUCAUCUUUUCUGCUUGGUCAAACUAUACCUUCGAUAGCAGAAUCAUCAGCCUGGGCAUCGUAUUGAUUGACAGGAAUUCUGAGGUAGUUGAUCAGAAUAUGGUCCAGCAGAUUUUGUGCUAAAGGAAGAAGUUUCUGUUUUCAGUUGAUAAAUGUCCCUCGUUUUCUUAUACUUCAUUUUGUGUUUUUGUUCUUUUUUUUAUUAAGAGAGAGGAACUCGCAAGAGCGAUGUGAGGCUUGUUAUAUCGUUGCUGCUUUUAAUAUACUAAAGAGUUACUAUGGCUCUAGUUAAGAAA